AUGAAGCCGAUCGUCGCCACGCAGUCCGCCUCCGCCAUCGUCGCGGACAAAGAGCGCGGGCGCCAUGAGCUCCAGAUCGAUGCCAGCACUCUCUACGCCGCGGCACCCGUCGGAGCAGGGGGGUUCCUCUCGUCCUCACCGUUCACCAUGGGCGGCCACCGUUGGCGCAUCAGGUACUACCCCAACGGCAACCGCGUGGAGACCAAGGGUUACGUUUCUGUCUUUCUCUUCCUCGACCAGGACGUUGCCGAGCCGGUGACGGCGCGGUGCCUGCUCACACUCGUGGCCGAGACCCACAUGGCGUCGGUCAUCAGCGCCGAUCUCCUGGGCUUGGCCGUAGCUUCCGGUGCUGUACGCGUGGAAGGCGUGGAUCCGCCGGCGUUCAGGGCUCUGCUCCGAUACGCCUACACCGACUCGCUGCCGUAG